UCUGUUGCACCGAGAAGGCCCGUGUUCUGCUUUAAUUUGAAUUAAUGAUGGAUGAUGAAAUAGCGAAGCUUUCGCAGGGGAGAAUCGAUGUCGUUUUACGCGACCUCGAUGUUCUUCUACGGAAAAAAUUUGGGGGCAACUUGAUUGUCGACGAUUUUACAACGAGCAGCCUGAUUCCACCGGGAGAAAACUACGGAAGCUCGAUGCUUAAGGUGGAGGUGAUCGUCAGACGCGACGGGCCGAGCUCGGAGCAAGAGGAAUUGUCCCUUGUCGCUAAAAUGGUACCGCCGACCGAACUCCAGAAGAAGAUGUUCGACAGUCCGUUCACUUUCCGGAAGGAGAUGAACAUGUUCAAGGUCAUCGGACCGGCCUACAAAGCCUUGGAACGCGAAUGCGGCAUCCCGGAAUCCGAAGUCUUCGACAUACUUCCGAAUUUCUACGGCGCAAGACUCUCGCUGAACGAGGCGGAGGACACUUUCGAUCACGAUGCUGUGAUCCUGAUGGAGAACCUCAAGGUGAAGAACUACGCCUGCCUGGACAGGAUGGUCGGCGUUGACUUGGCUCAUGCGAAAUUCGCAGUCGAAGAGCUGGCUCGGUUCCACGUCCUGAGUGUUGCGAUGAAGUUGAAAAAGCCGGAAGUCUUUGAUGAGAUUAAGAAAAACGUUAAAUCUCAAGACACGAGCCCAGAGAGACUUACGGAGUGUGUUAUGUACCUAAUUAAUACCCUCAAGGAUAUUCCAGUUCUGCUCCCACACUUGCCCAGGAUCGAGAAAGUCCUUCUACGCCCCGUUCUCGAUGCCUGGAAACAGGAACCGGAGGAACCCUGGGGUGCGAUAGUUCACACCGACCUCUGGACGAACAACUUGAUGUUCCGCGAUGACGCUAACGGCGAACCGGAGAGCCUCAAGUUCAUCGACUUUCAGACGUACAUGUACGUCAACCCCAUGCGGGAUCUUGUGUUCUUCAUCGUCUCGAGCUGCGAGCCGGAAGUUGUCUCUCAGCAUAUGGAGGAACUCGUCGAUUUAUACUAUGAGAAGUUCUUAUCUUAUCUGGCGAGGCUCGGUUGUGACGUCAAUUUGUUUACCAGGCAUUCUUUCAACGGUCAAUUAGCCGCUGCUGCCGAUGCAGAGUACUUUCACUGCAUGCUGAUGGCCAGAUUUAUCUCAGCAGAUGCUAAGAAUGACCCCAGCAUCAAUAAUUUCGCAACACUGUCCCAAAUUGAGCCUACCGAUGAGUUUCGCAAACGAUUGGUCGACAUCAGUUUAAUAUACGUAAAGGAGAAUUGGAUAUGUACGCGUAGUAGAUGCUCUGCAGCGUUGAUUUCACUGCAGUUAUUAAAGUCAUACUUACAUCUAGGUGACGGGAUCACUUGGGAAAACAAAGUUAAGGAUACGAAACAAAUUAUUUCAGCUGACUCAAUCGUCCGGAAAAAUUCCGGCAGCUCAGUUGAGAUCUUGAAUCAUUUCAAUAUCGGUAAUGUUAUAGCUGUUAUAUACAUAUACGUCCCGAGAUUGGAGUUUGCUGCUAUAAUCGCUCGCCUGCACGUACGUAAAACGUGUAUUAUCGUUAUGCGGAUGGCGAUAAGUGCAGAUAAAAUGCAAACAGUGAUAAAAUGCAGUAUCCUGGCUUACCCAACAUCUAUUUAUGAUAAUCUUCAUAUCUCAGUGUUGUACCAAAAAUUUUUCCAUCUUUUUCUCUCCAGAUUUAGCGAUUCUUGUACAUAUGAGUACGGCACUGUCCGUGCAACGCCACUUCGAACUGUCCAAAAACUCUCAUCACCUCGUCCACAAUUUAUUGGAGUAGUUUACUUACUAAUCUUCACUCUAUACAGACAAGACAAUGAAGAGUGGAUCGCGGCGAAGAAAAUCGCGAGAAACUCCGCCGAGCGAUUGAGGAAAUUUAUAAAAGGCCUGUUCGAACGAGACUACGGUGAAAAUGUAAUGGUGGACGACUUUGAGGCAAAGAUGUUGACACCCCCGGGUUCGAACUACGGCAGUGUGCUGCUCGCUGUGAAGGUGACGGUACGGAGGAACAAGUUCGCCACGCCGAAGGUGGUGAACGUCGUCGCGAAGAUGCUACCCAGCGAAUUCUUCCAGGAUGUUUUCAACAGCGCCGUAACAUUUCCGAAAGAAGUAGCCGCCUACGAAGAGAUCCUGCCAGCGUAUCAGAUGCUUCAGUUGGAAAACGGAAUCCCGAAACCCAAGGUCUUCAACCACUUUCCCAGGUUCUUCGGCGCCAGGAUACCCGAUGAUCUGAAGACCAAGUCUGACGACGACGACGCCGUUAUACUGUUGGAAAACCUCGUCGCAGCUGGUUACAAAUGUGGAAACAGGUGGAAAGGCUUGGAUCGUGCUGAAUCGGAGAUGACGGUCCGCACUUUGGCGACAUUUCACGGCCUCGGGAUUGCAUUGAGAAAAAAGAAGCCUGAAUUAUUUGCCAAGCUCGUGAAGAAGGCGAUUACCUUCAGCCACCCGUGGACCUCCAUAGUUCGUGCGGCUAAAAAUUGCAAGAAAAUGGUCAUGGAAAACGAGUGGCUGAAUCCGUAUUACGCUCGGAUAGCCAAUGCUCUGGACACCGGCGUUGAUACUAUCAACACCCCACCGACAAAUCAGUUUGGGACCAUAUGCCACGCUGACUUCUCCAUUAACAAUAUGAUGUUUCGUAAUGACAACGAAGGUAACGUCGAGGCCAUAAAGUUCAUCGAUUUUCAGACUUACAGCCAUCUCAGUCCAGUGAGAGAUCUUCUCUAUUUCCUGAUCGCCAGCACCGCGGAAAACGUUUUGAUAUGCCACUUUGAUCACCUGCUAAACAUGUACCAUGAUCGGCUUGUCAAAACCCUGGAGGAGCUGAAUUGUGAUAUUGGCAACUUUGGGAGAAGCCACUUCUUGGCCGAAUGCAAGGAAUGGGUUGGCGCCGAGGCCCUUCACUGUUGCUUGAUGGUUAAAGUUAUUCUGUUGCCCGAGGCUGAGGCCGAAAUCGAGGGAAACGGUCCUGAAAUAAGAUCUGUCGACUAUUUUGACAACCUUGAUUUCGAGGCGUACAGGCAAAGACUGACGAUCAUGUUUCAAAUUUUCUUGGAAAGAGACUGGAUAUGAAACUAUGUUUCUUUUUAUUAUUUUCUAAUCGCCAGCUUCCUUGUACACACAGAUCAUUCUUCCAUCCUCAAAAAACUGCAAUCUGGCAUCUCGUUCUUGUCGUGCUACUUGAAUCAACAAUCUCGAUCUACAAGACAUCCAUAGACUAUCUAAAAGUACAUCUUAACGGUGGUAAGAAUCUUUUUAUUUAAUAGCCUUUGAAGA